AUGUCAUGCUUGAAAAGGACUUUCUCUCCCCGCCAUGCGGAGGCUUCUUUGCGCUCAUUCCGACGACGGCCGCAGAGCCGGAACCAACGGCGAGACUUCACCAGGUCAGCUCCAGCUCAGGCACCUGUAACAGGGGCCGCAGAGGCCGAAGUUGAGUCGGCGCGGCGAUAUUGCACUGAUCUCGUCCGGAAAUAUGACCGUCCCUCCUAUAUCUUCAGUACCUUCAUUCCUCGACAGACGCAGACAUUCUACCUCGCCUUGCGAGCGUUGAAUAUCUCCCUGUCUAUGAUUCCCGACACGACCUCGUCAUACACAAUCGGGCUGAUGCGGCUGCAAUUCUGGCGGGACACCGUCACUCGCGCCCUCUCGGGCUCACCACCGAAGGAGCCCAUAGCCGUAUUGCUGGCUGCGGCCGUCUCGGACCUCAAUGCUCGAACAGACGGCCGCGCAAGGCUCAGCAAGGGCUGGUUCCUGCGCAUGAUCAACGCGCGUGAGCAAUCCCUCACCAACGCCCCCUAUCCCAACCUUGCUGCACUGGAGUCCUACGCCGAGAACACCUACUCGACCUUGCUGUAUCUGACACUAGCUGCCCUGCCCAUGACGUCUCUGACGGCAGACCAUCUCGCCUCGCACAUCGGAAAGGCCGCUGGGAUAGCAGCCGUGCUGCGCGGUGUCCCGCUUGUGGCCUUUCCAUCCCCGCCGCCGAGCCAGCACUCAAACCAGCCGGCGACGCUCAGUGGGGUAGGCACGAAGCAGGGUGCGAUCACACUGCCGUUGGAUAUCAUGGCGCAGAAAGGCGUCAAGGAAGAAGACGUCUUCCGGCACGGGGCAGACGCCCCAGGACUGCGGGAUGCCGUAUUCGCCGUUGCGACUCGCGCCAGUGACCAUCUCAUCACCGCGCGGCAGAUGCUGAAGAAUCUGCGUGCAGGCCGAGACGUAGGCCAUGAAUUUGAGCACGAAGGCGAGGAGGGCCACGAAUACAGAGAACAGCAACAAUCCCAACAGGACUCCGCCGCCACGGCCCCCGCUCAGCAGCAUUCUCCUUACGAGCGGCAACUGAAGGAAGUUGAGCGCGGGUUCGGGGUCUUGAUGCCGGCUGUAUCGACACAGCUGUGGCUGGAUCGACUGCAAAAGGUCGACUUUGACAUCUUCAACCCUAGCCUGCUCCGCUCCGACUGGAGAUUGCCCUGGAAGGCGUUCUGGGCGUAUCGACGUCGGUCGCUUUGA